AUGCAUUGGUUGGACAAUCUACGUGCAUAUAUACAACCCACGUACGUCCCUUCAUUCACAGCAAGCAUCCUACCAAAGUGUAAGCUGAGCUGCCCAACUGACGCAACACCGGCCGAAAUGUGGCAGUCCAAGCCAGUCAUGGUGCUCCUCCUGCUGGCCGUCUCCACGGCGGCGACCGUCGGCAAGCCGCUGCUCACGAAGGUCACCAAGGGCGGCGCGUCCACGGCCCUCUACACCGCGCCCCUCAGCGCCGGCCGGCCGCUCGUCCUCGACCUCUCCGCCCCAGCCAUCACGACGCCGUGCAGCGGGCAGACGACGACCGUGACGCUCUCCGCCAACUCCACCGACGGCAUCAACCCGCUGUCCCCGGUCUCCUUCGCCGCCACCGCCACCUGCGCCGCGGCCCCCUCCGGCGCCGUCGGCGUCGCCGGGCUCGCGCGCUCCAGCGUCUCGUUUCCGGCCCAGGUCGCGAGCACACAGAAGGUGGCCAACUCGUUCGCCCUCUGCCUCCCGAGCGGCGGCGUGGGCGCGGCCAUCUUCGGCGGCGGCCCGUUCUUCCUCGCGCCCCCGGCGGACCGGCCGGCCAUCACGACGCUCCUCUCCGACGGCGUCCCGCUCCGCCAGCCCUUCUCCGGGAACCCCGGCUACUUCGUGACCGCCACCAACGGCAUCGCCAUCGGCGGGACGCGCGUGGCCGUGUCCGGCUCCGGCGCGCUCGUGGUCGGCCUCUCCACCACGAUCCCCUACGCGCAGCUCCGCAGCGACGUGUACCGUCCCUUCAUCACGGCCUUCGACCGCGCCAUGGGCUCGAGCGCGAAGGUCGCGGCCGUGGCGCCGUUCGAGCUGUGCUACGACUCGUCCAAGCUGUCGCCGACGCUGUCGGGCUACUCCGUGCCCCAGGUGGACGUGAUGCUGGAGGGCGGGACGAACUGGACGGUGGUGGGCGGCAACUCCAUGGCGCAGGUGAACAGCGCCACGGCGUGCUUCGCGUUCGUCCAGGCGGGAGGCGGCACCGGCGGGGCGCCGGCGGUGGUGAUCGGAGGGUUCCAAAUGGAGAACAAGCUGGUGGUGCUCGACAACGACAAGAAGACGCUCAGCUUCACCCCGUACCUCCCAGCCAGGGGGUUCUCCUGCAGCAACUUCAACUUCACCGGGGCGGGGUAG